AUGUUCCCAGUAAUUUCCAGCCGUCGCCUUUGGUGGGGUAGGCUUCAGAGGAGUAUCUGCUUGAACCAAGCAGUGCUGAACGGGCAGCACUUACAGCAUAUGCACAUCAGAGUGGGAGACCGGGCUGAACUCAGUAGGGCCUUCACACAGAGGGAUGUGGCUGUCUUCUCAGAAUUAACCGGGGAUGUCAAUCCUUUGCAUUUGGAUGAAGAUUUUGCAAAACACACCAGAUUUGGAAAGACGAUUGUACAUGGAGUUUUGAUCAAUGGACUUAUUUCAGCUCUCCUAGGUACUAAAAUGCCAGGGCCAGGCUGUGUAUUUCUUUCCCAGGAAAUUAACUUUCCAGCCCCUUUAUAUGUUGGGGAAGUUGUUUUAGCUUCUGCAGAAGUGAAAAAGUUGAAGCGGUUCCUUGCUAUUAUUGCAGUGUCAUGUUUUGUACUAGAAAGUAAAAAGACUGUUAUGGAAGGAUGGGUUAAAGUUAUGGUCCCAGAAGCUCCCACAUCCUGAAAUAUGUCUUUAAAGAUGCAAGUUCAGGCAUCAGUGUUACUAUUAUUGAAGAGCCUCUGAGGAAAACAGGGAUUGCUGUUCUUCACCAAGGAGGGGCUGAUAGACCCAUAAACCCACAUUGGUGGAGGGGAGCUGGUAGAGGGGUGUUCCAUUGUCCACUUAUGCUUUGGCCUUAUGCUUCACACAGGCUUAAGUAUAUUUAUCAUCUGUCUAGGUUUCUAAAACUGAAAAAAUAGGGAAUUCCCUGAUGGUCCAGUGGUUAGGACUCUGGACUUUCACUGCCAUGGGUGCGAGUUCAGUCCCUGGUUGGGGAACUAAGAUCCCGCAAGCUGUGUGACACAGCCAAAAAAAAACCAAAAAAAAAGUGACGAGAGGAAAUCAGAGGUGGGCUUCCUUGGUGGCGCAGUGGUUAAGAAUCUGCCUGCCAAUGCAGGGUUCACGGGUUCGAGCCCUGGUCCGGGAAGAUCCCACAUGCCGUGGAGCAAGUAAGUCUGUGCGCCACAACUACUGAGCCUGCUCUCUAGAGCCUGUGAGGAACAACUACUGAGCCCACGUGCCACAACUACUGAAGCCUGCACCUAGAGCCCGUGCUCCGCAACAAGGGAUGCCACCACAGUGAGAAGCCCACGCACCACAACAAAGAGUAGCCCCUGCUCUCUGCAACUAGAGAAAGCCUGUGUGCAGCAAUGAAGACCCAAUGC